AUGACACUUUUUGCUGUAUUACUAAAUUGCCACAAUGUCGAUGGUGUAUUUGAUUUAUUUGAAGAAAUCAUGCAUAUUUACGCCGAUCCAUAUAACAACCAAUCGUCACAAAGAUUAUCGUUACUUCUCGAUCAAUCGAAUGCAGAUGAAUUUCCUGUUGAACCAUAUUUGGACGAAAUCGAACAAGAUGAAGAAGAACCACAUUUUCUCGACGAAAUUGACAUUACAAACGAUGCAAUUAUUCAUCAGUCACCGUUUAAUGUCAAGGCAUGCGAACGUAUGCCUCUUCUGAAACAAUUGAUCCGUAAAGAACCUAUGAAGAAAAAACCAACUAAUCCACUAUUUUCAAUCGCGAUUGUUCAUUUAUUUUAUAAAUGGUUUGCUUACGUUCCUCUAUGGUCAGUAAUCGAUAGUGUAGAUCUCUGCCAUUUAGAUAUGCCAAUGAUGGCAAAAGGAUUUCGACCAACAACUGGAAAUUUGGUCAUGAAGAAAACUCGCCUUAAACCAGGUGAUUUCUUAUUAAAAGUAUAUCUCCAUACUGUUUCACGUUUGAAAGCAAAUGAUUUCGAUGUGACUCAAUCAUCGCGCUGCCGAAAAGUGGUGCAAGACGAACCAGACAGUUUAAAUGCCAAAGAGAAUUGGAGAGGGAAAGGUCGCUCCAAGACAAAGGCUAAUCGACGACGUCAUUAUUUUGAUGAUAGUAUCGCUCAGACAACAGCAUGCAAAUUAAUUGGAGAAAAACCAAAGCAACGAAAAGUUCAAUUUGAUCAAGCUUCAUCUUGUACAGCAAGCGAUUACUCGUCUGUCCAUACCUUAUCAGACCUUAAUGACGCAAGCUCCAGUAGUUUAUCAACUCAUUCAGUUUUUAAUCAAUCAUUUGGAUUUUCUAUCAAGUCUUCUAAUCCAGCUGAACUAAACCGUGACAAUGUUUACAUUCUCGGUCGUAGUCCUUCAUCAUCAUCAUCAUGCAGCAAUUUUGAUGGUCCACUACAUUCUCGACAAGUUGAACAAGAUUAUUUACUGACUUCAGUGCCUUAUGUUGUACCUAGUGAACCAGAAGCAACUGAUACAGAAGAAAAUGUACGAAGAAGUUCUCGUCAUCGCACUCCCAAUCCAAAAUAUGCUAAUGAUUAUAUUUCUCCAAUAAUUAGUCCAAAUUUAUUAUCUCGAGCACUUUCACCGAAACGACCUCUUUCAUCGUCCAACGAUACUAUUUCUGCCAACGUGAUGGAAAAAAUAUCUGACGAACAACGAAAGAAAAUAAAAACAUCGCUGUUACAUUCAUCGAAAAACCAGCAAUCUAGAUUUAGCAAACAACCAUUCACUACGACACUUGGUAGUCUCAAUUUGACCUGGCCUAGAUAUGGUAUUAAAAAUGGCAUUUAUGAAGGUCAAUCAUUCUCUAUCACUAGAACAUGUCCAGUUGACACUGGUCUAUUCGUUUUAUAUCAUGCCUAUAAAGCCGGUAGUGAUGGCUUUCGUAAGCCAAUGCAAGAGUUUGAUAUUAACUCUGAAUGUACAUGUGUUGCCUGUCCGAAACGAAUACGUAAACAUUCAAGUGCCGAUAUAACACUACGUAAAAUGAACAAUCAAUUUCCGAAUCAUAUUGAAUCCUUCACAAAUGAUUCUAUAGUUUCUUGUGGUGCAAAUCUUGGUCCUGACGAGCCUCACAACUAUCCUAAUGAUUACAUUAUUGACGACCAUUUUCCGGUCACUGAUGUGACAACGAAUACUACUUGUAUUGAGUAA